GCGGGGCCGCGGACACGCCGGCAUCUCCCGUCUCUUUCGCUCCUUCUCCUCCCCGACGCGCGCCCUCUCGCUCUCCUGGCGCGCGCCUCUCCGCCCCUCGCCGCCGCCGUCUUGCGCGGCCCGACCCGACUGGAUCCCGUCGAAAAGAAACGAACGAUUCGGAGGGAUAGUCGCGACCGAUCAUAGCUGCCGAGCCGCUCGGGAUCUACGACGGCGACCUCCUGCGGGAUCCCCGGCCAGCGGCCAGGAACCUCGGCCCGCCGAGGAUUCGACGACCGGGCAGUCGUUUCGACACCUGGCCCCGACGACCAAGACCGGGAGCUGCCGACGGUAACCUGGACGGGACCCAACCGGACCCCCGCUCUCCGGGGAUAGGAUCUUCUUCGGGUCCUUUUCGUCCCGGCCUCCCGGGAAUGCCAUCGAUGGUAACCCACCACCUCCCAGCUGGAGGUUCCUAACCACCGUCGACGGGACCCCAUCCGGAUCGGAGUCGAUGGUGGGAGCAUAGUCUUGGCCGGUGGAUCGAGGACGAAUCAACCCUAGUUGAAGUCCGGAGUGCAUCGGAACGGAUUGGCCGCCGUUUCUCGUAUCGCCUCGAUGGUCGGAUCUCCCCGGAUGUCCCGACCCGAUGUGCAGUGAAGUGAAGUUCGAAGUCGAAGAUGUCCUCCCGGACCGGGACACCUGGCCUGGCGUGAAAAUCCGAAUGGUGUGGUAGUGUUCGGUGCCAUCUGAGCAGGACUCGGGACCUGGACCGGAUCGGCCUUCUUGCCGAGUCUUCAUGAAACCUUGGGCAACGCCGGGCCCGAGGGGAGGCGACGUCCGCGCCAUGCGACGGGGGUUGUGCCGUUGCCGGAAUGGAUCGUGCCGGUGGUGAUCGCUCCAGAAAACGAUGCCGAAGUAGCGAAGAACGAAGAUCGCGGCCCUCGGCGGCCGACACAUCAUGUCACAGUUCUCCUUCAGGGGAUCGCCAAAUUUGCAGUGCCCUGUGACAGUGACCUCGUCGCUAGCGUCGUCCUCGCCCUCGGCGGUCGCGCCGAUCAUCAGCGUCGGCAGCGUCGCCUCGUCCCUGGGAAGUCCCGUGGGGACCUCGUCGCUGGGCUCGCAACUGCAAGGAGCAAGGAUGGCGGUGACCAGCGCGGUGAUUCGUCCCCCGGGGAGUCCGACGACCUCCGUCAGCCCGUCCCAACCCCAUGGGCCCCCUUCCGGCGGGCCCGGCGGACCCGGCGGACGGUGCUGCGACACCGGCAGGCCCAUCUUCACCGACCCCCUGACCGGGCAGACCGUCUGCUCCUGUCAGUACGAGCUCCUCGGAGGCUACCAGCGACUGGGGGGCAUCCCGACUGCCGCGCUCUCCAUGUACAGCGCCCCCUACGCCGCCGCGGCCGCCGCGGCGGCUUCCGAGGGCAUGGCCGCCUACUUCCCGGGUCUCGGGGCCGAGCAGGCGCCCUUCUACACGCCGACGGCCGCAGGAUUGGAGCUGAAGGAGAACCUCGGAGCAGGUGCCGCAGCGGCGUGGCCCUACCCCUCGGUCUACCACCCCUACGAUGCGGCGUUCGCCAGCUACCCUUUCAACGGCUACGGCAUGGACCUGAACGGCGCGCGGCGGAAAAACGCCACCAGGGAAACGACGAGCACCCUGAAGGCGUGGCUGAACGAGCACAAGAAGAACCCCUAUCCCACCAAGGGCGAGAAGAUCAUGCUGGCGAUCAUCACCAAGAUGACGCUGACGCAGGUCUCCACCUGGUUCGCCAACGCGAGGCGAAGGCUCAAGAAGGAGAACAAGAUGACCUGGGAGCCUAGGAACAGGGUGGAGGACGAGGACAACAACAACGAGGACGACGACAGCGGACGGAAGAGCGUGGACGAGAAGGAUCGGCUGGACUCGAAGGACUCGGGGACAGGGUCGAGCGAGGACGGGGAGCGGCCGGCGCAUCGGCUGGACCUGCUGCACUCCACCGGCAGCGUCACCGGGGGUCUUCAGGGUCGGACGGAGAGCGAGUGGAGCGAGUCCAGGGCCGACAGCGGACCCGACAGUCCGGAGUGUCUGUACGACCAGCGGGAGCCGAGGCAUCCUCUGCAGCUGCAGCAUCCCGCGUACGUGGCCCAGGGCCACGGGCGGAUGCUGCACCCCUCCCCGGAGAGCACCUCCCCCAGCGGCCCCCACCUGCCCCCCAGCACGACCGCCUCCUCGACGGGCAGCGGGGGCGCCGCGAAGCCGAGGAUCUGGUCGCUGGCCGACAUGGCCAGCAAGGACGGGGACCAGCAACAGCAUCAGCAGCAGCAGAGUCCCACCCCCGGGGUCCCGGGCCUGGGGUUGCCCUACGGGACCGGCGGCGGGGGCGUCGGGUCCGGCGGCAAGCUGGUCAGCCCUCUGGCCAGUCGCCUCCCGCCCCACCACCCCCUGCACCCCGCCAUGCACCCGGGGGCCCCGUUCGUCAGGCCGCAUCCGGACUUCUACCGCAAUUUCUACGGCACGACGCACCUGGGCUCGGGGGACAUGUCGCUGCUGGAGACCUACUCGAGGACCCUCGGCGGCCUGGGGGGCGUCAUGCCCCCCUCCAGCGGGCCCGGCAUCCUGACCUCCUCCUCGCCGUCGUCGUCGACCUCCGGCAAGCCGUUCUCCAUCAACGGCUCCGGCGCCGCCGCCGCCGGACCCGCCGUCCUCCUCCCCGCCGCGCCCUCGGGGGUGUCCCCGUCCUCCUCCUCCACGGCCUCCUCGAACGGGUGCGACCAGUCGCCGAUCGCGACCGACCUCCACGGGGAACGGCUCACCGGGAACGGCAUCCGCCCCUGAGUCCCGACCCGGGAGCUCAAGUCCCCCGGCAGGGUGUGAUCCGACCCCUCCACCCUCCGUCGAGAGGUGAUCCCCCGAGCUGUGCGCGCGUGCCUGACAAUAAGAGACUCCGACCUUGUAAUUAGUGUACAGAUUUCCGAGAUACGCGAGGAGACCACUCGGAGGGGGGCACCGCCCCCCCGGGGCACCCUAGAAGACCACCACCCCCCUAUUUACCGAACUGUCCUUAGAUGCAGUAUCGCGACUACUACGCGAACCUAGUGUCGAGAUAUCGAGCGUGGAAAUUGGAAACCCGUAUUGCACGUAUAAAUACUAUACAUACGUAACGAUUAUUAACGGUUAUUGAUAUUAUUUAUGCGUUUGUAAAUAGUAGGAGAGAACCGGCGGGUGCUCGACGGGGCCCCGGUGUGUAUGUACUGUACGUAGAGGUAGGCACCGCAUCAUUAUAUCCGGACCCGUAAUUCGUACUAAUUAUUAUUGUUAUUGCAAUGUUUAUAUUAUAAUUGAAUUAACGUCGAGACUCGGUCGGCCCUGACGAGGUGCGGAGCCGGUCGACGGCGAACGGCG